CCCGCCCGCCGCGCACACACACGCACACACACACACCGGCCGCAACAUGACGGGCGGGCGGACGGACUGACAGACCGGGGCACCGCCGCUCCGCACGGAUUAUUCUCCCCGCGCCGGGGCGACGCGGCGGAGCAGCGACCCAGCGGGGCGGGGGCGGUGCCGCGCCGCGCUGCCAGGAGGGUCCCAGCCCCCGCCGGCCAACGGCGAGCGCGUCGGGCGCUGCAGGAGCCCGGCCAGGUUAUUUUAUUGGCUGUGAAGAACCACGGACUCUUUGUGCCCUGAUGGGGGACUCGGGAUCCAGACGAUCGACUCUUGUAUCUCGGUUGCCAAUAUUCAGGAGAAGUGUUAGCCGGAGACACGACUCCCUUCCUUCCUCGCCUUCUUCUGCCAACGCCAUUGGUGUCCACACCUCCUCCCCAUCCAGCACGAACUCCAGCUCAGGGAGCACAGGAAAGCGCCGGAGUAUUUUCCGCACUCCUUCCAUUAGCUUCCAUAACAAGAAAGGGAGUGAGCAGAAGCCUGACUCAGCGAGUCAAAACGUUAACAUCUCAAAUGGUGCCCAGUCCUCUCUUAGCACUUUUCAAAAACUCAGCUUAGACGAGCACAUAAAAAGCAGAGGAAGGCAUUCAGUUGGCUUUGGCAGCUCACGUAACAAGAAGAUAACAAGGUCUUUGACAGACGAUUUUGAAAAGGGAAAGGAGCCCUCAGCUAAUAAGAAUGUCUUUAUCAAUUGCAUAAGCUCUGGGAAGAAUGAGGGUGAUGAUUCGGGCUUUGCAGAAGAGCGAAGCCGAUACUCUGUCAAACAGUCCACACGAAAACUUCUCACUAAGUCUUUUUCAUCACACUACAGGUUUUCCAAAGCAGUUCCAGAGAGUCAGUCGGUUUCCUCUGCGCAGCAGCCCAGGUGUUUGCUGGAAGUUAAAUCCUAUGUGGAGAGCGAACCUGUGAUGGCCAAGUCGUCUCCUCCGUGCUCGGCUGAGACGACGGAGUGCGUGGGCAGCUCCCUGCAGUCCCCACUGCUCUCAGCUGACCUCACAGCUGCCCAGACGCCCUCGGACUUCAUUGCUCUCACUGAGGACUCUGUUUCAGAGGCUGAUGCCCUGCCCAGCAGUGGGCCAGGGGCACUGCUCGCAGAGGAUUUUGGCCAUGAUGUCUCUACCUCUCAGAUCUUCUUUAAUCCUGCUGCUGCUCCUGUGAGGGAGAGAGAUACUGUGCAAAGUGCCGGCCAUCCUGCUGGGGUAUCUCCUGUGAGUCAUGCAAGCUCGUGCAGCAUGGAAUCCAGUACCUUAUUCAAAACCUCAGUUACUAAUCAAACAAAAGUACUGUUGCAAGCCAAUGGACUACAUGUUAAUGAUGCCAGGCAUAUAGAAAAAAUUAACUCAGAAAAUGCACAUUUAGAAACCUUGACGUUACAGCGUAGUGAAGAACCAGUGACACUCUCUCCAAAGGCACGGGGGUUGAGUGGCAGCAGAGUUGAAAGCACUCCACCCAAGCACAUGAGAAACACAAUUCCUGUAGUGGAGUCUAACACUGUUCAGUGUUCUGAACCUCAGUCCUUUAAAAUACUACAGGGUUAUGAAUCAAACCAUUCUAAAGUUGAUCUUGCCAGCCUCAGUCCGUACCGGGAAGGCAGAUUUGUUGAGAAACGACUGAGGUCUUCUUCAGAAGGCACUGCUGGGGGCAGCCGGCUGAUCAUCAAACCAAAGGAUGGAAAUGCAGAAGAGCUUAACAGCCUGAGGAAGCAGAGAGCAAGCUCGUCCUCUUCCAAAAUGAACAGCAUGGAUGUUUUGAAUAACUUGGGUUCUUGUGAGUUGGAUGAAGAUGACCUAAUGCUUGACUUGGAGUUCCUGGAAGAGCAACAUCACCAGCGUUCUGUGUGCCGGGAAGACUCAUACCAGUCAAUAGUGUCAUGUGCUGCUGUAGUACUCACCCCUGUAGAGACGACAGUGGAUACAAGGAAAAAAGAACAGAUGAUAAUGCCUGAUGUGUCCAAACAGAAUCUAUCCUUGAAGCUGUCGAAGGAGGUGGAGCAAGGAGAAGCCAGGUACCCUCGUGUCAGCCAGCUGGCUGGCAGCCCAUCUGUGGAGUGGCCUUUCACUGGUCUGGAAGAAGGUGGAGGCAUUGAGUCUCUGCCCUUCAGAUUGAUGCUCCAAGAUUGCACGGCUGUCAAGACAUUGCUUCUGAAAAUGAAGAGGGUUCUUCAAGAGAGUACAGACAUGAGCCCAGCUGGCAGCACAGCCUCCCUCCCUGUUAGCCCCCUUCCUGAGGAGCCCUUGUUUUUUAAGGAUGGAAUAAAAGAUGAAUGCUCAGUGCUGAAGCUGCAGCUGAAGGAGAGAGACGAACUCAUAGCCCAGCUUCGUGAGGAGCUGGAAAAGGCUCAGUGCUUUCAGAAGGCUCUCGCUUCCCAAGCAGAUAAAUCCACACAGACAGAACUCGUAGGCCAUGAUGCCCUGUGGAACUCUCCAUGUUCUGAAGGCUUAGUUUACAAACCUAUCAGCAUCUCAUUGGUUCCAUCAUUAUUAAAUUAAAAAGCAACAUCUGGACACUCUGCACUUACGGAUAUAAUUAAAUACUGCUGUAUAUGAAAUGAGCUGCAAGUUACCAUUGCUGGCAAAAUUCUACUACUUAAGAUAAUAUUUGUAUUAUGAACGGUCAAACAUCACUUUUUUGGCAGUGUCUGCAUUAUUAAGUGUAUCUAUGAAUAAAUUAUUAGUAGGCUAUGACAAAGUUAUUAUUUGAAAUAAAAAUUAUUCUUACCAUUUUGUGCACUUAGUCAUCCAUUGGUGAUUCACUGCGAGUAAGAAAAUGUAAGAAAAUACUUCAGUCAUGCUUAUCUCUGGAGAUUGAAAAAAUAUGUCUUCAAGAUCUGGAAACCUGAGGAAACCAUUAUUUUUUAAAACCUGUAUUUUUCCUUUUCCAGUAAUAACACUAUUGCACUGUCUGUGAAUACAGGGUCAGGACCUUUCAUUAUGUGGUCUAUCUGAUAAAUGUUCAUAAUGAUGUACAUAAUUCUUAUGUGGGAUUCAAGAAUCAUUUCUGUAGGGUAUUUGGUAAGCUUUUAGAAGGCCAGAAUUCACCCAGCUUUAUCCCAGGAAACGGAAAAGCUGAUCCUAAAAACAUGCACUGAUUUUUUUAAUCCAUUAGAAUCACAGCUUUACUGUUCUUUCUAUCUAAUUUUCCUGUGGCUUCUAAGAGAUGUUACUAAGAGAGCAAUCAAUGGGGGCAAAGUCAAAGUAAAGCAUUGUGUUUGCUGGAUGUGACUGUGCUGCUUGAGUGGAUCGUGGUUGCUGUCCAGAGGGUUGAGGUGGGUGGGGAAGGGCAAUUGCAAGUUCAGGGCUUUAUUAAGCAAGAAACCAGUGAAAUUUGCCACUGUCAGUUGCUUCUGUGUAACUUUAUCCAAGAAGGACUUCAUUCACCAGGAUGUGCUCUACACCCACUCUUACCAGGUAAGAUAAGAAGGUGGCUGUGCCAGCAUUAUUCUUUACCCUUUUCUCCUAAUAUAUUUUCUUACUAACAAGAAACAAUGCUUGUAUCUUUUUACUGCACCAUUUCAGUCAGGCCUCGUAGUAUAAAAUAUUAACUGUUCCCCAACUGGAGCAAUAUUUAGCACCUGUAGCUUUAAUUUCAAACAGAGGACAUACUGCCUUCAUUCAAAAAUAACAUCUUACCAGUUAGUCCUAAAUGGAGCAGAACUGAAAAUAAAAGUAUUCAGCUUAAUAUUUAUGCCAAUCUUGAAAGUGAAUGAACCUUCUUCAAAGGGGAUGUUGCAUUCUGGGGGCUGAUUCUGUACCAAUUAACGUGAUGUUACUGUUUCUCAGUCUCACAUUGUCUUUUCUUUGAUCCUAACAGUCAUCCUUCAGCAUUUCUCUUGCCCUUUUGGUCAGGCUGCCUGGAAUUUCUUUGUGUGUAUAAUGGCAUAGUUCAUAAUGUAUUUGUUGCAAUUAUCUUGUAAAAACAAUUAAGUAGCAAAUGCAUAAUUUAAAGAAAUGACAGAAGCAAGCAUGUGCAUAUUAUCCUUUUGAACUUCACCUUCCUUGUUGAACUUCACCUGAUGCAAUUCUUCCUUCUUUCCUUGAACAAAAAUCCUUUUUGUAAUCAUUGAUAAGCAUAGAAAUGCCUACCUCUUGCUUCUGUCUUUCAUCACUCUCUUUAUUAUGAUAAUAUUUUCAGUCUUUUGUCAGAUACUGCUCUUUGGAAGAGGAAGAGUUGUCAUUCUUCAUUGUGAUUUUUUGGCACAGAGAUCUGUGUUUCACUUAAAGAAAUAUGUAUAUGGGUAAUGGAGAGGAUUGUGAAAAAUUGUUUAAGUUAAUGAAAGAAGAAUAGUGGAAUUAAAAAGAUGUUUUCAGGAUUCUAAUGAGAAGGAAAUAAGUUUCACUUUCUAAAUAAAUAAGCUUUUUGCGUGUUCCUCCAAAGUCUGUGAAAGGAUGCUCUAAAUGCUCAAAGAGAUAGCUGGUUGCAACAUCUCUAUGAUGCAACAGAUACAGAAAUAAGCUAUCAUUUCUGUAUAAGCUAAUAAGCAAAACUCAUCCCAGCCCUUUGGCUUUUGGGUUGGUGUUUAAGAGCUGGGUUUUUAACUUCCCCAUGAAAUUACCCGUAACUUCCAGUACCUUUUUUUUGUAAUUUCUUUGGUUUAUUUUCAUUUUUCUAUAACUUUACAAAGUACUAUGAACAAAUAAAAAUUACUCAGUUUGCUAUUUUUUGCUCACCUAGCAUUGCAAUGAUCUGGAAAAAGACAUGACUGACAAGUAAUCUUCAGGCUUCAAGGAUACACAAUCAAUACUUUGUAUGCAUAGGCAAGAACUUGAUGCUAGUUCAAUUAAAGUCUUAACAGUCUGAUGAAAUAUUGUUGUUUUUUUUUUUAAUUACUAUUGCAGUAGAGAAUGAUACAGCACAUCUAGUUCAAACAAUCCAAAAUGAAAAAUAUAUGAUGUUCUUCAUACCUGUCUCUUUCUUUGGUCUGUUUUAUUGCUCAUUCUUGCACAGCCUUUUGUGAUCUGAAGGUCGGUGGCUUCUGGUCAGUUGUGGGAGCAUUGCAGAAAAUCUGCUAUUACAGCUGCUUGUCCUAUAGUAACAUUCAUUUCUUUCUCCUCAUUGUGGAAUCCAGUUGGGGUCUGUGUUAUAUGUUUGUUAACAUGUUGUACACCUUGCUCUUACCAUUGAUUUCCAGUGCAUGUGACAUCUGUUACCCUUACGACUGGUUUUACCACUCUGCAAAGAUUUCUUUCCUUUGAUGGUGAGUAACUUCAUAGCCAUGGAGCCUCUGGUGUCAUGCACUGCCUGUAAUUAGUUGGACUGCUUGUUAUUGGAAGAUCAUUCACAGAUUAAGUGCUUUUUACUGGUAUCUGUAAGAUACAAACUUCUAGCUGACAAAGCCACCCCUGCUCUCCUCCCCAUCACCAAAACCUUGCCAGGUAAAUUCUAUAAAAGGUGUUGCACCACAUAGCUAUAAAAAAUUGAACAGCUGGUGCAAAAAGGGUGAUAGUAACCUUGUCAUUUGGUGACUGCCCUUUGGAGUUUAAGUAUGUUAUCCUGUAAAUAUUCAAAAAUAAAGUAUUGUGUAAAUAUCUGAGUAAGCCAGGCAAAAACAAAUGAUCCCAUGUCAUUAGCUUGAUCCAAAGGCUGUGUCUUGUUCCAAGCAAUGGUAACCCUGUGUUAACAGAGAUAGAACACUAAAACACUAUUGGCAAAAUACUUUGUUCUCGUUCUGAGCAUUGGCAUUUAACAGAUGCAGAGGUUUGUUACUUUAACCAGCACACAGUGUUUGUCUCCAUUUGAUGCUUUUCAAGUGGCACCAGCUAACCUGAGUUUGCUUUCUGCGCUUUCCUCCAGGGACUUCUGAAUGUGCGAGUGCAAGGCUGUUUUGUACAGCACAGGAUGGGGAAAACUAGAAGUUGAGUGAAUGGACUUAAAAGUAAUGAAGGUGAAAAAUAUUACUGCUAGAGCAAAUACUCUGUGAUAAAUGUUGAAAGGCUGAGAAGGAACAAGAGUGAUUUUAACAGUUAUGAGCAGUCAAGGGCAAAGGCAGACAAGUCGCAAAAAACCCGAGGUACUGUAGAGAGGCAGAAAGGUUACAUCCUGCUUGAAUUGAAGGCAGAUAUAUUUAUCAGAUAGUGGGUUUUGGGUUUUUUUUUUUUUGUUUGUUUUAAUCUUCUGAAGUUAUUUCAAUCUGAAAACAUACAGAAUUGUGAGUACCAGCAUAGGAAUUAUUCUGUUGUAACUCAGCAUGCAUUUGGGGCAAUAAAGAAUUCCUGUAGCUUAUCAUAUUUAUGAAAGGCAUUUUAAAUAAUUGGUAGCAUGAUCAUUAAGACUUUUUGUGGUCAUAGGUACUGUGUGCAUGGUGAAACAGCUGGACAUUUCAUUGGUUUUAAGUAAAUAGGAGAGCUACUCAGUGUCUUAUCUUCUGAAACUGAGUUUAUCCAGUUCACCCAGUUUUAACCAGUGGUUUUUAGGUAUUUUUAUACUAUUUGGUUACUUCACUAGUUUAAACUGCUCUGUAUGCUCUAGAAUUUUAGGUAGGUGUUAAAACUUAGGGGAUAAAGCCAGUAUAUAAUACGUUUUAGUAAAGAAACAGAAAGUACCAUUUCUAUAGUUUACCUGUUGCUAUGUCUUCCUCAAUACAAGUGCAGUGAGAACUAUACCCAGGCUGUGUACUUGACCUCCAUUUCAAAACAGUGCUCUCUUAUUAUUCAUUUAUUCAUUUUAGUAAUGGAAACUUCUCCUUCUUAUGAGUCAACAGAAUAUUAACAUUAAUGAUAAAACAGCAAGAAGGAGCAUGAAGGGAAAGGAUUAUAAAUGAGAUUUGGGAAGUAGUAAUGUUUCUUUUGUAUUGUACAAAAAAGCAUUAAAAUGAAAGUAGAAUCUACUGGAUAUCAGCAAUAAAAGGAAAAAAGUUCUGUUUGGUUGCUAGCAAAUGCAUUACAAAAAAAACCUUGCAAAGAUAUAUUUUUUUUGUGUGCACCUAUUAAAUCAUGCUGGAGUUGAAAGUGCCUGAAUUAGAUACCAUAUUACAAGUUUAUAUUCAGAACCAGCUUCAUUACUUUCAGGGAGAAUUUAAUUUGUCUAAAGACACCAAGGAAAAGCUUGGUGGUGCUGUUAAUGAUAAGUUUAAUGAUGAAAUUAAGUGGUAGUUUUGUAUUUGAUGCUAUGUGUAAUGGUGCAUGCAUACUAUCGAAUAUUUGGAGAGAACUGCCAACACCUGCACUGACAUAUUACAUUUUUAGCAAAGAAUGGGGAAAGCACAACUGCAUGAAACAGGUGAUGGAGACAGUAAGAUCUUCAUGUCUCAAAGACAUGAAACAAUUUUAAGUGCACACAUCAAAGACAUGAGCUUCCCAAUGUGCAGGUAUUAAAAAGCAUCCAUGUGAAUAUAACUUUGAGUACGUGUGUAUGUCUACUAUUUAAUUUUUCAGUCUGUGAAAUUAUUCAGGAGAAAAAAUUUUUGCAGAGGCAAAUCUACUACAGUAGUGCUGUUGUGUUAUAAAUAAAUUCUGCCAAGAGAACUCCUAAGAAAUUGCCAAAUUUCAGACAUUAGAGAAACAAAGACAACAUGGAAGAAGCCAAGUUUCACUGAUUGGAGAUAAAAUUUGCAAAUGGACCAGUUCAGUGAUUCUAUCAGGCUUCAAUGAAGUCAUCUUUUGAGAUCCUGUAUGUUUUGCAAGCAUCCAGAUAGUCCAAAAAACACUCAAGUAAUUGAACAAAAAUUUAACAUGAACAAAAAUCAUGACACUAAUUAUGAACAGUUAGCUUUUCAGACAUUUUCAUGCAUCUGCUCAUACUCCCACCAUCACAAGUUUAUUUGAAGGCUUGUGGAACUGUUCUCUGACAUUGGUUCAUAUAUAUCUAUACAUACACAUGUAUAGCAAAAUAAAUCCAGGAUUUUUUUAUCAUUCUGAUACCUGGACAGAAGUGAGCCCAUUUUUUUUCUGUGUCAGAAGCUUGCUGAAUUGCAAAUCUAAAUAUAAAAUGAGGUCAAGCCAUAGGUAACGUUACUUAUGGGACACUAGAAAUGGUGAGAGCAUUUCAGUGAACUCAAGACAGGGCUAAGAGGUUGUGUCAUUUGUACUUUCCUGGUUUUCAUUGCGAUCUGGGACUGAGUGUCUUACUGUGCUUCAGGAGAUGCUCCAAUGUGGGCUCUCCAUGGACUGCAGUUCCUUCAGGGCAUUAUCUAUCUGCUCCAGUCCAGUUCUCUCCAGAGGCCACAGUGUGUAUGUUUUCUUCAGUCCCUGGAACACUUUCUCUUCCUCCUUCACUGAUUUGGAGGUUCACAGUGUUUUUUCCUCAUCUUUUUGCUUCACUUCUCUGCAUCCUGGUGUUUGUUCUUGCUCUUCAAUAUGUUUUGGAGCUCAGUGAUGCUCACUGUGCCCUGUGUGUGGGUUAAUUGUGGAACUGCCUGGCAGCAUCUUUGUGCAUGGAGUUACAGAUCUGUUAACAUGUGAGAGAUAAGUAUUAUAAAGUGGCUGACUAGAGCUGUGAGUUUAUGUCCAUAACAAAUUUAGGAACAAAUGGAACUGCAAAAAUUAUGUUCCAAAAUACCUGGAUCCACUGAGACAGGUGGUGUUGGGGAUGACUGCUGUGCAUACAUCAAUUGACUUCCAUUGGUGCUCCAGGCCAAGGGACCUCUUUUUUCGCUGCAGGAGCUGGGCAUUGCAUCACUUUAGGAGGAAGGGGACAAAUUAGUUGGUCGAUUCCAUUCCUAAAGGCCAGGUUUUUCUGUUUUUCUUUCUCUUGUUUCCAUGUCUGCAAAUUUCUCUUGCUGUUGGAAAUAUUUGCAAACCCUGUUAGUGGUGGGGCUUUUGUUCCAGCUCAUUAUUUUCCCCUGCUGUUGCUCCUUUGCUCAUUUCCUUUUAUCUUGCUGUAUUGUUUUUAUUCUCUCUCCACAUUACAGUCCCAUUUGGCUCAUCCUCUCCUUUCUUUUCUAUAAAACAUGAUUUUUAUCACCCAUAAAGCAUGCUUCUAAAACUUCAACAAUACUAAAAACCGGAAAGUCACACUUUUUCUUGUAAAUGGUAUUUUGCCUCAGUCUCUUUGUUAUUUUUAGGCAGAAGGAAAGUGAGAAGAAAACAUUUAAGGCAAAGUUACCCAUACAGGAUAAUUCUCAGGGACUAGGAAGUGAUACCUUUUCUGUAGUUCUUAAUGCUAGUUGCUAUGUUCAAAAUCUAUGAAAAGAAAAUAAUGCCAUUUUCAAUUAUUGGAAGGUGAAGGUAAUUUUAUUUAAGUGCCUAGAAAAUUAUAUUGGUUUAUUCUAUCUUGUACCAAAAAAGAAAUUCCAAUAAAACUUGUUUAUCCAUCAUUUGGUUUUCUUGAACUACUUGUAACAUACUUUGAAAGGAAUAUCAAGGAGGUUGUAUUGUGUGCUGCCAGUUUGGAUUGCAUGGAGACUAACCAUUUUUAGCUGACCAUGCAGAUGUACAAAUUAAUUAAAAUGCUUUUAGAUUAUUUUUGGGAUCUACAGAAAGUUUUUAGACUCACAGAAGGCUUAUUUUACAUUAGUACCCAUAAUCUAUUAGAUCUUCAGCAAGUCAUGCCACUGUUCUGGAUAAACACACAGAAUGAUUUCUUUAUGUUGGUUAUGUCACACGUUUGUGGAAGAUGCUAGGACAAUAAAUUGGAGGAUGCAAAUGGAGGAAGAACGUGAGCUAUUCCCCAUCCAUAUUGCUGGCCUGGACUUCAGGAAAGAUCUCACAGUUCUUGUUGUGCAACAAGAAGAUUGCUUCAAUUCCUGAAGCUCUUCAAAAGUCUGGAUCAGUUACUUAAUGUUAUAGUGUUAAGAUAGGCAAAUUUAGCAUCUUGACAUCAUUGGGCAGCUUUCCUUCACUCAUUUCUGCUUCAUUUCUAUCCUGCACUGUUCCAGCUGUUGCUCCUCUUGCCCUUUGGUUGUAAAUAGUGAAUAUAAUAUGCUCUACUUCUGAUUAACAUUAAUUAAUCUGUGAUUAGUACAAGUAUUUCUCCAUAAGCAUUAAAAAACAUGCUCAAAGAGUUGGGGCCAUGUGUUCAUAAAAUAUUAAUCUUGUUCUUGUAUUAAUUUGAGCAGAUUAUUGCAAGACCAAAUAAAAAUCUCAUUAAAUCCACCUGGCAAAUCAUACCCACUCAAGAUUUUGCAUGGCAAAAUUUCACCUCCUUUUCACAGGAGCACUUUUAAAGGCCAGAAUAUAGAACUGUCCUCUUGUCUAGGUCAUUCUUGCCCAGGGGAAGCCUGCUGCUGCUUCAGACUUUCUUAGCCAUCAAACUGAGAAAACUUCAGAAAUAUUUUCAGUGUACAGCUCAAUACCUGUAGCCAGAGGAAGCUCUGUUUUGAUUGAAUGACAAGGAAACGUGAGCAGCCUGACUCAACUUCCUUGUUCAAUUUGAUGCCAGAACAUUAUAUUGAACUACCCUAAGGCUUUAGGGUGAGUCUUUCAAAAUUCUGCACAUUUUUUUAGUUAUUUGGAAUUUCUUUUGCACAUAGUAAGCUUUUUUUUCUUUUUAUAAAACUCAUUAAAUAUAAUCCCAACAGUAAUGUGAAAUGUUAUUCUUUAACCUUAUUUGCAUACAUUUGUUCCACUCUGUGUGUGUGUAAGAGCUGAUGUUGAUAUUUCAAAUAAAUAGCAGGGAAACCUCCCACAGUGGAUGACAUUUUUACCCUCUAACAUCUCUCCCAAGACUGAAGUCCAGGUCAGUUCUCACAGGUUAACAAAUACAUUAUUUCUGGAAAAGGUCUGCUGUCUACAGGAAACUAUUUUCUUUUGGAAGGUGCAAGUGUGGGAGGCACUGGGGAGGGAAUCAGGGGUGAAGACUCUACGGUAUAUUUCAUGGAGUGUUCAAUUUUUUAAUUUUUGUUUUCUAUCUUUCUCGGAAAUGUUAUCUCGAGAUUUCCAGUGCUUUCAUUUCCUAGUCUUUUAAGCUUGCCUCCUUGACCCAUUACAAUCCUCUAAUUCCCUAGUCUCUGUUCCUCCCUGCAUUUUUCCUUUUUCCUUUGAGACUUUUUCUUUGUCAGUGCUUUGGUUUCCAUGCUACUCCCAUGCUCAUUUGUGAACAGUCAUCUUCCCCAUCUGCAGUUCUCAUUUUUGCUCGGCAUCUUUCCCUGAAAUAUGUCUUUUUUUAUUUUCUUUGGAGUCAUAUUGAUAGUGCAGAACCAAUAACUGAAAGUCUCGAAAUGCAAGUUUAUAUGCAGGUACCAAUGAAGCCAAGAGGGAAUAUUUUUGACUGUAGAACAAAAUUUUCAAUUGGAAAAAAAUUACUGUGUAAUUUUUACUAACACUUUUUUGCUUUACACAGCAUCUCUAUGAGUUAUUGCAAAAUAGGUUGUAUGCCCGGGUGAAAAAAGUAAGUUACAUCAAAGAUUGUCACAAAAUCCUUAUAUAUACACCUUAUAUGUAUUUGAAUUAGCACAUCACUAUUACUCAGGCAAGUAAACUUUGGCUGGUGCACAGACACUCCAGAAAUAAUAAUGAGCGUAUUUAAAUAUUCUGACACUUUCUCCUACUGUUGGCUGUCAUUUUCACCUGCUUUGUCUUGAAAAGUGAGUAUCUGACUACAGAGUCAAAAUCUGUGGCCAAUUUCAGCUGUAGCUGACAACUGGAGGAUGUUCAUGAUGGACUCUGCACUUGCAUCAUAAUCUUUACUACAGAUGCUUCUGUGUCUAAAUCAGUGUUGCUUUGAUCCUUGCACUCUGGGGAAAAAGCUCUGCCAGUUAGGCCUGGUUUUGAUAACUGCAGAGCUGUUAUAGAAUUGCAGUGACCCUUGAGAGUGCAGGAGCUUUUACUUGCUUCCUUGCGUACUGAUUUCUAUUACUUUGCUUAACUUAAGUCAGAAUUAAAAUAACCAAGAAAACCCACAUGUAGGGCUUCUUUUAAAUUCUUCCUUCAAAAUUAUUUUGCUGAGCUCUGUGGGGAUAAGGCAAGUUUUGGGCGAGAGAGUAUUUAAUCCACAGGGCAGUUUAGAUUCUCAUGCUUUAGAUUCAAACUGUUUCCAGGAUUGGUCAGAAAAAGGCCUCAAGGGAGCCAGAAUGUGUCUCUAACUUGCUUUAUUUAAUCACCAAUUAGAUAAUUGCUAUUUUUCCAUUUAAAAAAUGGCACACAGGCACUAGACAUAACAUAAUACACAAAAGCUGCUUCCUCGUUGUAACUGCUUUGAAUUCCAUGCAACCUUUCCAAAGUAGUAGAUCAAAUGAUACAUGAUUAUAAGAAGCAGUGUGCUGGUGUUGACACGCUCUUAAUUUCAAUUUACCAUGGUAGGAAUUGGCCAGUAGCAGCUCUAAAUUUUACAGGUUGAUGAAUAGCCGUGCUUGAAAACUCUUCUUUUUUUUGUUCUCUAAAUUAUUUAUGAGGCCUGAGGUUCGGCAAAGUUGGCAAACCAAUUUAUGAUUGUACAUGAUUAUACUACCUACCCAAGGACCAGAAUUUCAUCUCUAGCCCUAAAUGGAAACAAAAUCCGAAUCACAGCGUAAAGUGUCAAAAGUAUCUCUUUAUCUAUAUAAAGUGAUGUAUCCAAAGGGCUUUUUUUCUUGGGUCUCUGUUAGUAAUAUAUUUUAAGAAGGGUAAAGUUGUUUGCUGUAAUAAAUACUAACUUUGAUAACUCAACAUCUUCCUGUAGUUUUCUUGUUUCAGAAGAACAAUUUGUUUUAGCAGUGUAAUACACCACUAGGCUCUAAGGUACCUUUAAAUUAUAUUUAAGAUCCAGGGCCUUCUUUAAGCAAAAUAUGAACUUCCAUCUUUAUCAAUGUCUUUGUCAAUGAGCUAGGUCAGAUCAGCACACAGAUCCUUACCUAGAUCUUAAAAGGAGAUAUUUUUAUAUACUGAAUUUUGUUGCACAUUGGCCCAAGUACUAAACUGUUUUUAAGUACCAGCUGUAGUCGGCAUCCUCCAAAAACUUAAUGUUGACUGUGGAUUUGUGUCAAGAUAGCUGUUGAAAUAUUAAAUGUCUUUGUCAUGUAAGUGACUCAGGCACAACCUUUUAUAAAAAAUAUGAGGAGCUGGUAGGUUUGCAUAGGAAAUGAUAAUUAUUUGUAAGUCUGGAAGAUGGGAUUUUGUGCUGUCUUUUUUUUUUUCCUUAAUAGAGUAAUUUUCAUUUGUGCAACUUUUUUGUCCAUCACUGUGUUCUCAAUUAGCACAAUGGAGGUUUUCCAGUGUGAAACUUUUGUACCUAAAAGGUGCUAAAAUCUUCAUCUCAGUUAAUACUGAUGAGUAUUAAUUGUUGUGUCACUUUGUAUGAAUGCAUGAAACUGUCAUGUUCUAGGCAUAGGGACUCUUCUGUGUAUUUGCCUGAAAGAGGGUUCACCAUUACU